AUGCUCAUCAAAGCUUCCCUCCUGGCCCUCUGGCUCGCCUCUCUGGCAGCCUCUGUUGUCAUUCCAAAUUCCACGCGUGAUGUUGCUGCUUCCCCCGAGGCCAGACGCGAGGUGCCCGACGGUGAUCUGUACGAGUACAAGAAAGACAAACGCGAGAACCCCGACGGCGACCUAUACGAAUACAAAGUUAAACGCAAGGAGCCCGACGGUGAUCUGUACGAGUACAAGGCCAAACGCGAGGAGCCCGACGGUGAUCUGUACGAGUACAAGGCCAAACGCGAGGAGCCCGACGGUGACCUGUAUGAGUACAGGAAGGCCAAACGCGACGACCCCGACGGUGACCUGUACGAGUACAAGGCCAAACGCGAGAACCCCGACGGCGACCUAUACGAGUACAAGGCCAAACGCGAGGAGCCCGACGGUGACCUGUACGAGUACAAAAAGGCCAAACGCGACGACCCCGACGGUGACCUGUACGAGUACAAGAAGGCCAAACGCGACGACCCCGACGGUGACCUCUACGAAUACAAGCGUACUUCCAAAAUCGACAAACGUGACGACCUCGACGGCGACCUUUACGACUACUAA